AUGCAGGUGUACGUCCUGCGGUGCUCCGUCCAAAGUUCGGCCGGGAUCUUGAACGCUCGGUGGCGUUGGGACAAAUCCAAGGAAGUGACAGAAUUCGGCAUUACACGCCUAUCUUCUUUGGCGCAAAUAUUGGCAACAAGCAGAACACAAGGCGGCAGAUCUCGGACCUUGCACAGCCUCCUUGCACGUCGUCGGGACUCUCAGGGCCUGGACGCUGGUCCCCUGUUCGAAGUUAAGGAUCUGAUCCUGGACUUGCUAGCCUACGCUUUUCGAUAUACGCUCGGCUUCAUCGCCAAAGCCCAUGCAGACCUCCGCUGGCCAGUCUUUGGAAAUCCCGACGACUAUAAAGAUUGGAAUCCCGAGCAAGUCAUUCAGGUCUCUUUACCUCUACCGGUCGCUACCGCACCGGAGCACGUCGCCCUCAUCACACGGGCUGCUAUAGAGGCCGGCCUUCCGAAUCCAUACAUCUGCGGUGAGCCCGCAGCAGCAUUGGUAUAUCACCUUUCCCGCAGCGCCCCGGAGUCGGCGGAGGGAAAGAUCAUAAUGAUCAUAGACGUCGGCGCGGGUUCUGCUGACUUCGAAGCCUGGUGGGUCGUCAGCAUUCACCCAUUUUGGGUUAAACAACUUGUUGCUCCACAAACCAGGUGGUGCCGGGGAAGAACCGUGAACGUGAGAUUUAGGGAGCUAUUUCUCGACGAGCUCAGUGAUUGUAGAGCAGUCGUGCUCGAAUCACUACGCAAGGUUGACCGUACCAUGACCUGGGAGACGUUUGGCGACGCUCUCGAAACCUGCUUCGAAGCGGCGAAGCGAGAUUUUCGUGGCAAUGGCAACCGGGGAGAAGAUGAAUCGUACAUGCUUCAUAUCCCUGGCGUUCCCGAAAUUGCGGAGAAAGGUAUGCCCAAAAGUGGUAUCGUGAUAGUUACUGCGGACCAGAUUCGAGAGGCACACUAG